AUGUCCCAUUCUGCCACUUCGGCAAAUUUGUCAGCCUGCCUCGCCAGUUCCUCUGGCGAAAAUACUCUCCCUCCUCGUUCUCCUCCUCGCUGUUGCUGGUCGGGGCUUGUUCCUCCUCCCUAUAAGAAGGGUCGGUUUGCUCCUCCGGAUCAUCAUUCCCGUCUAGACGAAUUAAAGCCCUACGUGCAGCCGCCUGGAACGCAUUCUCCGGUCCGCCUUCCACUCUCCGCCCUUCCCGGCGUUCUGCUCCUCGUCUCCUCCCGCCUCGCGAUGGUGAUUGCUGGCGACUCGUGGACAUCGCCAAAGCCCGCUGCCUCUGCGUCAGGGGCGAGCGGAAGGUCAGCACCGGUGUCUGCCUCGGGGAGUGUUGCAAUGAAGCCGCCAGUCCCCCCUGCCCCGAAACUAGCCCCCUUGGCCGCCGGUUGCCCUGCGCCUCCGGCUCCGGGCCUCGUGUCGUGUGAGACGCAGUCUGCUCCGUACCAUCCUGCUCUCCCAACCCCUGCUGUUGUUCCGCCUGUCCCUGUGAACCCUACGGCACCGACUGCUGCCGCUGAUCCUGCUCCACCAGUUGCACCUGCUCUUGACGCCCCGAUGGUCGGCGCUGCCCCUGCUGGCGCCGUGGCGUCGCAACCGGUGGUAUCCGCCACCACUGACGACCCGGGCCAGGUGGCAGUCUCUGUUGCUCCCGCCCCUCCGACUGCACCGCCUCCCGUGCCGGCCCCGGACUUCCAGGCGGUGCCUGAUCCUGCGCCACUCGCUGCUGUUCCCCCAGCUCAGCGUCAGCCGUCUCCGGGCCGCCGGCAGCAUCGGCCUCACUCUCCUGCGGCCCGGGACGAGCGAGAGACGACGCGGCGGCGACACGAUUCUCCUCGGCGCCGAGGGUCACAGGCGAACUGGGCUGCGUCACGUGGCGGUCGCGGUGGCUGGUGGGGGGGGCGCGGUCGUGGUGGUGGCUGGGCGUAUGACCAGCCAGUAACGAUGGCUGAUUUACAACGUGUUGUAUCUGAUGCGGUGCGACUGGAGCGAAACGGGCAGGCGAGCCAGAGCAACUCGCCGCGCGUCGCUCCAGCGCAUGCGUCCCGUCCUCCGUCUGCGCUCGAUGAGCCUGCACCUCCCCUUCCCCAGUCAGCCGUUCCCCCUCCCCUAGCGCCCUCUGCGUCUGCCGCUGCUCGUGGGAACCGGAUGCGCCUGCCGUGGGUUCCUCCUGUGGCGGGUAUGGAGUUUGUGGCCGCGGCUGGAGGACAGGUGACGGCGCAGUAUCCCUCUCUACUGCCUGUUGCUCCUGCUCCUCCGGCUGUAUCAGUGCCCGUACAGUCACUGGUGGGGCCCCUUCCGUCAGCCAAAGUGCCGGAGGCAUCGCUGGGGCAGCUGUGGCGCCUCUCUGAGGGUCUGCGGGCAGUGCACCUGAUUCAGGUGUAUGGUCACGCGGCUCUCUCCCAGGGUGCUCAUCUGGACCCUGGCCCCCGGGACGAGUGCCUGGAUGCCGCGGAUCGACUAGCCGAGCUCCUGGCGCCCGUGUUGGCCGCGCCCGCGCGGGGUGGAGUUGCGGGCGUUGGGCAGCUGGGGACGGCGGUCCGUGGUUUGCGCCGGUUGUUGCGCGCUGGCUCUGCCGUCGACUUGAUCGGCGCAACGACAGUGGUGGUGCGCGAGCUUCAUCGUUCUCUGACGGGUCUUCUCGCUGUCCUUGACGCGGAUCAGAUGUAG